GUCGGAACUCAACGAUUCAAGCUACCGAUGCAGGAACGUGUCACGGUCCGCGCAAGAACACAGACAUAUAGCUCAACGUCCGCGCAAAUACCCCUCUCAGCUCCCAUACGCUUUCCCAGCUCACCAUGGUUUUCACCUUGACUACAUACGAUGCCUUUCUCAAGGACAACCACAUCCUCGUGGCGUAUUGCUACUCCAAGGACGGCUCGUCGAGACGUUGCGAACUCGACCUUGACAAGCACCUCGGCAACAAUGACGGGUGGUUCGAUACUACCACGCCGGACAGGAGUCACGCCUUUUCACACUCGUCGAGAGACAUCACUUACAAGGACGGGACGCUGCGCGCGUCGCUGCGGAAGCUGUCCAAAGACUACAACAUCACGACCAUCUGCCUCGACUCGUACGUCGUGAACGCGAACGGGCAACUCCAGUUCUGCAAAACGCCAGGCGGGGAAAUCCUCUCGUCGUGCCGCGCGUUCUGCCUGACAGACUCCGUGCUGUCCGCGCUCUGCCUGGGCAUGGAUCACACGUGGCACGCGUCGUCCAUUGACCUCAACGGGCACUACGGCGUGUACAAGGGCGCGGUCGUCCCCAUCGGGACGCACUUCCACCGCGACGUACGCAACGCGUGCUUCCAGGUGCGGGGCGCGCGGGCGUUGCUGUGCGCGGAAGUCCGCGUCGCGCUCGGGAAGUUCGAGCACGGCGAGGUGGACCUGUCCAACUGCGUCUUCAACCGAGAGGGCAGGCUGACGUUCGUGCUUGACCUGAGCGGCGGCAAGCCGUUCAAGCUGGAUUAGUGUACGUGUUCUCAUACUUGGGUACCUAAUGCGAGAUCGCACUGUACGGAAACAGCCUGAGCUCGUGUCAUGGAUCACCGGUGGCUACUCCUAUCCAUAGCAGAAGUUUGUUUUGUCUAGAGAUACGUCAGUUGCAUCGAGAGCAAUAGACAGUAGUAUGUAUGCUUGAGAGUUGCCAAUGCGAUCGCAAACCCUCCACUGAUUCAUCACAG